ACCAUGUCCAUAGCAUAACGUUGUGGGACUUAUGAAAAAAGAUCAAUUAACAGCCUCCAUGAUAAUUAUUGCACAGUGAUUUUUAUAGUAUCCCAUGAUCCUCCGCUUUAUUUUGUCUUGUAGCUCAGGGAGAUGAGAGGGUGGCUGACACAACCUUGUUUUCUUUCGACCUAGGAGCUAUCAGCCACAACAAUGACAAUGUUAGACAUUUACAAACGGACCUAAUAAAAACUGGCAUCUCAAGGAGAUUACUGGCCUGGUAAAUAAUCGACACCACAGUGAUAUUAUUAAGGUGUGCAGCACUGUGAGUGAGUGCCUGGGUGUGUGUGUGUGUGGGUGGGUGUGUGUGUGUGAGUGUCAGCCAUGGCGAACGUAAGCCUGGAGAACCAGUUGCAGAGUGCGCAGAAGAACCUGCUCUUCCUGCAGCAGGACCAUGCGAACACACUGAAGGGCCUCCAUGCCGAGAUCCGCCGCCUACAGCAGCACUGCACAGAUCUGACAUAUGAGCUGACAGUGAGGAACUCUGAAGACACAGAUGACGGGGAGGCGCGCUGCAGGGCGCUGCGUCAGAAGUGUGAGGAGCUGGAGGAGCAGCUGAAGGCCAAGGAGCAGGAGAACGGGGAGCUCCUGAGGGAGCUGGAGCAGAAGAACGCCAUGAUCUCAGUGUUGGAGAACACCAUCAAGGAGCGGGAGAAGAAGUACCUGGAGGAGCUGAAGAUGAAGAGCCACAAGCUGGCCGUGCUGUCGGGAGAGCUGGAGCAGAGGGCCAGCACCAUCGCCUACCUCACCGCCCAGCUCCACGCCACCAAGAAGAGGCUGCUGGCCGGGAGCUCCUCGGAGACCAGCCCCAACGUGAGCCCCGUGGGCUCCUACAAGCCCUCCCCGCCCCCGGCCAAGGAGCGGCAGCAGCCCGACACCCCGCGGCGGCGCAUGAAGAAGAGCCUGUCUCAGCCGCUGCACUCGGAGUACGCCGAGCUGUACCGCCUGGGCUCAGACGGGCGGAGGCUGGUCCUGCGCGAGGCGGUCGACGCCAUGCCCGACCCCACGCCCUUCCUGCAGGGCGCGGCCGAGGCCCAGGUGCUGCGGGAGCGCCCGGCCAUCAUCCCUCCCAUCGCCUGCGAGCGCCCUCUGGGGGGCUCCGCCUCCGGCAGCCCGCGCCACAGCCCCGCCCGCGACCGCGACCGGCAGCACCGGACCCACGUGGGCGUGGCCCACCGCAUCCACCACGCCGCCCCGCCGCCCCCCCCGCAGCCCGAGCUGGAGACGCUGGCCGUCGACCAGGUGAGCGCCGACGCGGUGGUGAGGAAGCGCUCGGGCGCCGACAGAACAGUGUGAGGGCCGGAACCCGCCGGAACCCACCGCACCGCGCCCAGCACGCCGCUUUUUAUGCAACUCCACAAACCCACCGGAAAGGGACAAAGUCUAACAACACUUUGUUCACAUUCCUCCUUAAAGACUUGUUUUCCUGUGUAGAAAAGGACCGAGCAUGCCAAAUCCCCUUUUGUUUACUCUUUUCUUUCAAAACCCAUGUGACUUUCCCAUUCCACUUCUUACACUUAGCAAACUCUUUCUGACUCAGUGCAAACAAAUAAAUAACCACAGCCAAAUGUCAGCAUUAUUGCCUGCUAAUUUGAUGCACCCUGGAUACAUACACAUAUUCAUGAAUGCCACCGCGAAAUCAUAUCACCAUAUUUCAACCUGCAGUGAACCAGUCAAUGGCUCAGUCUACACAUAUAGAGUAAGUAUCAAUAACUCCCAUGUAGGAACUUACAGCGACAUGUUAACCAAGUGUUUACUUAUUAAACUUGUUCUUCUCAAAUGUUUUUUUUUUUCUCUCUCUUCCUGUAAUCUGAAUGCAUAUACUGUACUAUAGGACAGGAUCCCAGGUCUGUGAAUAAUUUAACUGAAUUGGUGACAAAGCCUUCCAAGAAGCUGCAAUGUGUGUGCGUAUGUGCGCAUGCGUUAGUUUGUGUGCUUGUGUUUGUGUGAAUACAAGUAUGAGACUUUGCACAUGCGUGCAAGCGUGUGUGUGUGUGUGUGUGUGUGUGUGUGUUUGCGUGUGUAGAUGUAUAUGUGUGCAUGAUACAGGCCUGAAGAAAUGUGAAGGCUGAGACAAGGGCAUUUUUGUGACCACAUUAAUAUAUUUGUUAAUUUUGAUUUUGUAAUACAUCCUGUAACAUAUGAAAAAAUGGCAACGUAUUGUGUUUCAAUUUGUUUGUUCAAUUGUAUUGACAGAGAACCAAAUACACAUUUUAAAAAAGUA